AUGGGACAAAGUUCAAAAAGAAAUUGUGAAGAAAUUAAUUUGAAUGAACUUCUUGCCGACCCUGGGACUCGAAGAAGAGUGUCUAAAUAUAAUCCUAACGAUCGUGAGAAAAUCCGAAGAGCCUACUUACAAAUAGGUCCUCAUCAGCCACGUGGUCAUAAGUUCCGUCAAACAGCUUUUGGUAAGAUGAAAAGGAGAUUUAUUCGUGGUUGGUUCGAUUUGGAUUUAUACAAACCUUGGUUAGAGUACAAUGUGACAGAAGAUGCUGCAUUCUGCUUAUAUUGCUAUUUAUGUGAUGAUGAUGUCAAAGCAAGUGAUGUCAAAACUUUCAUAACCAAAGGAUUCAAUAAUUGGAAAAAGUCAGAAAGAUUUAAAAUUCAUAUGGGUGGUCCAGGGAAUGCUCACAAUCAAGCCCAACAAAAAUGUUUAGCAUUUCGGGGUCAUGACGAGUCGGAACUUUCAAGUAAUCAGGGGAACUUUAGAGAGUUGUUAAAGUUUUUGGCAGACCACAAUGAAGAAACAAGAAAAUUCAUCUUGCAAAAUGCUCCAAAAAACAACAAGUUGUACUCUCAUAAAAUCCAAAUAGAUAUAGCAUCGUCUUGUGCAAUUGAAAAUAGUAAGCUUAUAACUGAAGAUAUUGGGUAUGACUACUUUUCUAUUUUGGUUGAUGAAUGUCGUGAUGUCUCUACAAAAGAACAAAUGGCACUUGCACUUCGAUAUGUAAACAAAAAAGGUUACGUAAUUGAACGAUUUCUUGGGAUUGUAUAUGUACCAAAUACUAACUCUUUGUCCUUGAAAGCAGCCAUUGAUUCAUUACUUGCAACAUACAAGCUUAUUGUGUCGCGAAUUCGUGGGCAAGGCUACGAUGGAGCUAGCAAUAUGCGAGGUGAGUUUAAUGGUCUCAAGAGUCUGAUUUUGAGGGAUAACAACUCUGCAUUUUAUGUACAUUGUUUCACACAUCAACUCCAACUGGUCCUUGUUGCUAUAGUUAAGAAUCAUGUUGAUAUUGCUUUGCUUUUCACUAUGAUUAGUAAGUUAGUGAAUGUUGUUGGAGCCUCUUGUAAGCGUAAAUAUAUGCUUCAUGAGAAACAAGUCGAGAAGAUCCUGGAAGCAAUAUAUGUUGGAGAAAUUGAAACUGAUAAAGGGUUAAAUCAAGAAUAUACUCUUCAAAGGGCAACUGAUACACAAUGGGGAUCUCAUUACGUAACAUUGUUGAACAUCGGUAUCUUAUUUUCUUCUAUAAUUGAGGUACUUGAGUAUGUUGUUGAGGAUUGUGGGAGCUCUGAGCAAAAGGCAGAAGUGGUCAUAUUAUUGGAUUGGACACAAUCUUUUGAUUUUGUUUUUGCGUUGAUCUUGAUGAAAAGUAUACUUGGAAUUACAAAUGAGUUAUCAUCGACAUUACAGAGGAAAUAUCAAGAUAUAGUGAAUGCUAUGGAACUAGUUGGUAUUUCAAAACAAAGGUUAAUGACACUCGGAAACGAAGGGUGGGAAUCAUUGGUCAAAGAAGUUUAUUUAUUUUGUGAAAAGGUUAAUGACACUCGGAAACAAAGGUUAAUGACACUCGGAAACAAAGAUUGGGUGCUUCAAGAACUUAGAAGUAGAUUUAAUGAAACCACUACUGAAUUGCUACUUUGUAUGGCUUGCUUGAACCUCGAUGAUUCUUUCUCAUCUUUCAAGAAGGAGAAAUUGGGAGUUGGGUACCUUGCAAUGAAGUUAGUCGAGACAAAGAAAAUUUUCAUUUACCACUUGGUUUAUCAACUGAUCAAACUAGUUUUGGUUUUACCCAUCUCAACGGCUUCAGUUGAAAGAUCAUUUUCAGCAAUGAAGAUUGUGAAAACUCGAUUACGCAACAAAAUUGGGACCAGUGGUUGA